CGCCGCCGCCUCCCGUCGGUGACCGCCUCCUUCGCCCUCAAGACCUCGAUAUGGUCCGAGCUCGGAGGCUCCGUCGGGGACCUGGGCACCUACAUCCCCAUCGUCCUGGCCCUCACCCUCGUCAACCGCCUCGACCUCGGCACCACCCUCAUCUUCACCGCCCUCUACAACGCGGCCACCGGCCUCCUCUUCUCCCUCCCCAUGCCCAUCCAGCCCAUGAAAUCGAUCGCCGCAGUCGCCAUCACCGAGCCCGACCCCUCAUCCGUCCCCAAGAUCAUGGCGCGCGGCACUCACUCGCGCCGCCCCUCCUCCUGGGCCACCGGCCUCCUGUCCUUCUUCUAUCGCUUCGAUCCUCCCGUCGUCCGCGGCAUCGCAGCUCUCCCAGGGCCUCUCCUUCGCCUUCUCUGCGUCAGACGGGCUUCGUCAGGCGCCAUCCCUCAGAAUCCGCUCUUCGGUGCUCAACUCGUCAUCGCGUCUGCUAAGGCUGUCUCCGACCUGUUCCCCGAGAAGAGGAAACGUCCGUCACGGCGGUCUCUGUCAGCGGGGCUGAUGAAGCCUCGUCGGUGCUGGUUCGGGGCCAUGCCGUCUGCAGGGGCGGGGGGGCUGGCGGGCAGUACAGGUUCGGCGGGCGGAGCGGGCCUGCGUGCUGUUUCUGGCGGUUCGCUAAGCUUGGCGCUGGGGCUGGCGUUCGGUAGCUCGUUCGUGAGGAUACUGGGCCGGUUCCCGAUCGGGAUCCUCGGGGUGCUGCUGCUGUUCUCGGGGGUGGAGCUGGCGAUGGCGUCGAGGGACAUGGGCACCAAGGAGGAGUCGUUCGUGAUGCUGGUCUGCGCGGCGGUGUCGCUGACGGGGUCGAGCGCCGCGCUCGGGUUCGGGGUCGGGAUUGUCGUGCACUUGCUGCUCAGGCUGAGGGAGGCGGAGUUCGGGUCGGUGAUGGGGAGGUUGGGUAGGAGACCUGUGGCCGCCGAGAAUGGAGAUGAGAGGGGCACUGGGGUUUAAGGAUUCGGAUCCUCUCCACUAUCUAAAAAGUAAUGGAGAGACCACUACAUAAUCAUAACCAUUGAUUAUCUAGUUGGUGGUUAUGAUUUUUUUCUUUUAGUGCAAAUUAGGAAUGAGUACAAUACACGAUGGUAUGGUAAUUGUUAGAUUUAGAUUGUAUCA